AUGCCAAUUCAGUCGCUGGAGCUGUUUUUGUUUGAAAGGGGGCUCGUUGGAUCGUACCCUAUUGAUUCGUUGAAGAAUACCACUCUGGGGAUUGACGUGAACCACUAUGUCUCCCGGUUGCUGACCACCAAGAAAGAGCAGUUUUUGGACGCCAUUGGCGGGUUCCCCAUCAGUUUGAAGAUGUACCUGGAGAGCGACCUCAAGAUCUUUAAAGAGAGCAACAUUACUCCCGUUUUCGUGUUCAACGGAUCGGGGACUGCUAACCAGUUGGCGGCGAACAGCCACUUUACGGCGCUUGCUAAGGAGGUAGCCGCCGCGAGCAGUAUCACCCCAUCAGGGUCACAGGCCUCGAGGUCCGCAAAGGAGCUGAUGCUUGCUCAGAGACACAAGGCUUGGACCCAGUGGAGCAACUUGCUGAACAACAACCAGAGCACGUACAUUGACCAGCCACUGCAACCACAGGAACCCUUCAGGUACCAGGCGAUCAUCGAGCUCAAGAAGUUUCAGUCGGAUCUGAUCGACUAUUUCAUUGAGCAUCAGAUCGUCUACCAAGUGGCCCCUUACUGCUCUUGGAUCCAGCUGUCAUACUUGCUGUCGAGUGGAUUCAUUGACGCCAUAUAUGGGCCCACAGACUGUUUGAUGCUGUCUAACGUCGACAGAUUCAUCCUCGGAAUGGAGUUCCCCAACAAGGACUUCCGGUUCAUCGACAGAGCAAGGGUGCUGAAGGACUUCCAUGUUUCGAGCGAGGAGUUUAUUGACAUUUGCAUGGCGGUCGGUAACGAUCUGCAGCCAUCCGUGUUACCCCCGCUGCAGAUAUACCCAAGCAACAAACUGUUCGAAAUCUCCUUGGAGAUGGUCUUGAAUACGGGCACCAAUUUCUACGCGUACCAGCUGUCCAGCAACGCUCAAGGUGGAGCUGUCCAGGAGGUGGACAAGUACGAGAAGGGGGUCUCCUCGUUGAAAUAUAUGCCCGUCCUUUUCAGCUCUGGCAGAGUCGACGUCUACACUAUAGACCCAUCCAGGGAACACAUGGAGGAAAGCCGCAAACCCUCCGCAAACUCAGAACAUAGACAGUCUAACGAAAAUAUGGCGUCUGUGAAGGACCGCUCAGAUUCACAGGAGGGAUCUACGAAUUUGGCAGCAGCGGAUGACAAAACGUUCCCGAUCCCACGCGACGUUCAUGACAUAAUCGGCCAACGACUACCGGAUGAAUACUACUACUACAAGUCUCUAGGGUUGAUCUCUGGAAAGCUGUUCGAUGCAAUCACCACGGGCGUCUACCCAGAGGAGCCACCAUUGGACGGCGGAUCCUCGAACUCUUACAGGGAGCUGAUCGCGAAAUCCGUGGAGCUGUUCAAGAAUAAGGAAAUCAACUUGCUGACUCAAAACAUAAACAGAUACUUCCAAAUGAAACCAAUCGUACAGGUGAAGUGGUUCUCCCCAGAAAAUAAAGUAGCGUUGACUAACAGAACCUCGCCAUCGGUGUUCGAACAACUGAACCACAUAAUCAUUAAAACGAACAACGCGAAAACGACACCAUUCAGCGUUUCUGAGUUUGUGAAGUUACUGUUAAGCACUGAAGAUUUAUCAAAGGAGUUUAUAUCUGACCAAGUCGUGUUCCCCAACUCUGUCCCAGUGGACCAAAAAAUCAACUCUGCCUUCGACUUGCUGUCUACUAACUUCCUAAGACUGUUGAUUCAACUGGAAUUUUUCGACUUUGACUUUGGCGAAAAAUCGUUGACGCCAAACCAGUGGGGUCGCGCAUUUUUGAAACUAGGCAACCUUGGAGCAGAGAGUGACUUCGUGGGGAAAUUGUUUAUCUUACUAGUCUUCUUGAAGACAAAAGUGUUGUCGAUCUCCCAAGAUUUCACGCCAAGUGUUCGGUCAUCAUUGUCUGACCACACGCUAAGAUCGUACCCACAAGAAUCCAAAUACAUUCUUGCCUUAACCCGCUUGCUGACCCUAUUCCAAGUUGACCAGAAACCAACAGCCAUAUACCACGGCCCAAUUGACAAAAAGACCUUGACCUUCAGAGAACAUCUGGACUUUGUCAACGAUAACCUGAACGAUCUGUUUGAAUCCCUCGUGGUCUCCUCGCUGACGGCGAACGAGUUUGACAAAUUGAGCCUACAGAACCACGAAUGGCAAAGCGAAAUCGUCUACCACAUGCCCUUCAAGAGAUCGCUACCAAACACAGUUAUGUCCAUGAUGGUCGAAUUUUUUCUACAAAAGUACCUGCAUAACGGUAACAUCAAGCACGACGCACUGGCAUUAGUCUCUACCGAAUUUAGCACCUAUAAGUGUGUCCCUAAUCUAACCGAACAAUUCGACCAGUCGAUCGCAUACUUGUCCCAGUGUAAGGUACUAUUUGAUGAAUUAUGUGACAUGAAGUUAGUGAGUAAAGAUGAAUCUGAGUUGCUGUCCGAGGCAGUGACGUUUGCCACGAAUGCGGUAAGAGGUGAAUGA